GUCAAUAGUUUCACUAAAUACCCGAAGGUGUAAUUUAUUUUUCCAAUUACAUUUUGACAUAUUGUUUUGUAUACCAAUUUUGUGGCGCCAUCUUGUACAAUCUGUCACAUUUUGGUUUCAAUCUUUUCUAGUGGCGUUGUUUUCACAUUUAUUAUAAAUAUUUUAAAUAUUAAUUUUCAAUUGCAACGUUGAUAUUAUAAAAUACGAGAUAUGGACUAUUUAUAAGUAUUGUGAUUAAUAUUUAAGUCACAUAGUGAUAGUGAAAACUUACGGCAUCAACAUGACAGCAAUUUCUGCACCAAGCCAGACGAAAAAUACUACCACGGUGACUACGACAAAACCACAAAAGAACUAUGGGAAGAUUAUUCUCACUCUCUACAAUUGUUUAUUACCAGAAAAUGUGUUUAAAGAGACCCCUUCACAAACUGAUGGAUUGGACAUUGAGACUGAAACGGACCUUCGUAUUUUGGGUUGCGAACUAAUCCAAACAGCUGGUAUAUUGCUAAAACUUCCGCAAGUGGCCAUGGCUACCGGACAGAUAUAUCUCCAACGAUUCUAUUAUUCAAAAUCCUUUGUCAGAUACCCUAUGGAAACCAUGGCAAUGGGAAGCAUCUACUUAGCUUCGAAGGUCGAAGAAAAACCAUGUAGAAUUCGAGACGUGAUAAAUGUAUUCCAUCAUAUUAAACAGGUGAGAUCUCAGAAGACCAUAACCAUAACUCCACUUAUAGUCGACCAAAAUUAUAUCGAGAUGAAGAAUCAGGUUAUCAAAGCAGAGAGAAGAAUACUCAAAGAAUUAGGAUUUUGUGUACAUGUUAAGCAUCCACAUAAGCUUAUAGUAGUAUAUUUGCAGCUUCUGCAGUAUGAAAAGAAUAGACCACUAAUGCAAAUUUCAUGGAAUUAUAUGAAUGAUGCAUUAAGAACUGAUGUAUUCAUGCGGUUCCCUCCAGAAACAAUUGCAUGUGCUUGUAUUUAUUUGACGGCGCGGAAAAUAGGUUUACCAUUACCGAACAACCCACAUUGGUUCUUAUUAUUUAAGGUAACAGAAGAAGAUAUAAGGGAAGUAUGCCAUAGGAUCUUGCAGUUAUACAAAAGGCAAAAAGUGAAUCCAGAGGAGUUAGAAACAAGAGUAGAUAUGUUAAAGAAAAUUUAUCAGGCCAAUAAACACAUGCAAGCACAAAAAGACCGUGAGAAUGCAAAAGCUGAAGAGAAAAAGUUGGAGUCACCUACAGCAUCAACUUCGAAGGAUGUUAGGAGGGACUCAAAGAAGGAGAAAUCUCCUAAGACACCUCCAUUAUCAUCUAAGUACCACAGCAGUCACAAAUCUAAGAAGGAGAGAAGAUCCCGUUCUCCAUAUGAUCGUAAACGUGAAUACUCAAGUAAAAGGCAUAAGUCUCGGUCUAGGGAUAGGGAUAUAGAUCGCUCUCGAGAACGUAGGUUAGAUGAUAAACGGAGUAGAGUUUCGUCAAGAAAGUAUGACGAUUAUGAACGCUCAAAAUCAAGUAGAGACAGUAGAGAUGAUAAACGGAAGCAUUAGUUUUAUGAUAUUGCAUUUAUUUUAAAUAUAGAUAUUGUAAAUUCA